AACAAGUGAGAGCAACAUCACCACUCUGACGAGGCAACAGGAGAGGGUCUGUUGAUUGUUUUACUGCAGGUAAAAUGUGUGAUCUGGUUCUGGUUUGAAAGGUUCUGACACACCUGUCCUUUGCAGAACCACACUGUUCUGGAUGGAGAACGUGACGUCUCUGGUAACUCCCCUCAGCCAGCCCAUUGUGUUCAAGCUGGAGGGCUUCCAUAUUCCACCAGGCUACGGCCCGUUCCUGUUUUUUCUGGCUCUGUUUAACUACUUGGUGGUGCUGUUUGGGAACGGUGUGGUGAUGUGUGUCAUCAUCAUAGACAAGAGCCUGCACAGACCCAUGUUUGUGCUGGUUUGUCACUUGGUAUUCUGUGACAUGAUGGGGUCCACCGCAGUGUUGCCUCGCCUCAUGCUGCACUUUCUGACAGGGGAAAAAAGAAUCACCUACGUCUCGGCCAUCGCUCAGGCCUUCUGUGUGCACACGUACGGAGCCGCAGUGCAGACUAUUCUGGGGGCCAUGGCGUAUGACAGGUACGUCGCUGUGUGUGCGCCGCUCAGGUAUCACGCCAUCAUGACUCCAGCUCGGCUGCACUCCUGCUGCGCGUUCUCCUGGUUUGUCGCUCUGCUGUGUAUCGUUGUGCUCUUUGCCCUCCAUGUGAAUACGCCGCUGUGUGGCAACACCAUUCGUCACGUAUACUGCAGCAACCGUUCUAUCCUGAGCCUGGCCUGCCGGUCCACCCCCAUUAAUAAUAUCUAUGGUCUGUCCAUGACCUGGUGCUUGAGUACGGGGGUCUUUGUCAUCAUUGCUUUCACCUACAUCCAAAUCCUGCACACGGUAAAACAGAGCAGAGGUGGAAACAGAGCCCGCAGCAAGGCCUUUCAGACGUGCGCCUCACAUCUUGUGGUGUAUCUAAUCUAUGAAAUAGCAUCACUGAUCAUAAUCCUCGGGCAGAGGUUUGCCUCCGUCUCCCAAAACGUCAAGAAAUUCUUCAGCAUCAUGUUUAUCAUCAUUCCACCAGCCAUUAACCCCAUCAUCUACGGACUGUUCAGUAAAGAGCUGCGUGCUAGCAUCAUUAAGAAUUUUACCACUGAAUUAAGAAGUGUUGUAGUGACAGUAUUGCUAUCAAGUAUCAGUGACUUCCUAACUUUAAAAGAAAAGUGUUGUUUUUGUAAUUUCAGGUUGAUGGAAAACUACACCUACAACAGUUUCACACUCCAGGUGGAGGGGUUAAAGGUCACACAGACCACCAUGUACCCUGUCUUUUUUGCUUUGCUGCUCAACUAUUUGUUUGUUAUGAUACUGAAUGUGGGCAUCUUAAUUUUAAUUAUCAUCGACAGAAACCUUCACCAGCCGAUGUAUCUCCUAUUCUGCAACCUGUCAGUCAGUGACAUCAUAGGAAGUAGUCUUAUUGUCCCCAGGCUGCUCUCAGAUAUCCUACGUCCUCCCUCUGAACGUCUCAUCAGUUAUUACGAGUGUGUGGUUCAAGCUUUCAUCAUACAAAUGUUUGGCACGACCACUCACACCGUGCUCAUGAUCAUGGCCCUUGACAGAUAUGUGGCCAUCUGUAACCCACUGCGCUACACUUCCAUUAUGACCAACAGAAUGGUGGUCAAGCUGUCGGCUUCUGCGUGGGGAGUGGCCCUGGUUUUGGUCGGGAUUCUGCUCGGUCUGACCAUCAGACUGAGCCGAUGCCGGACUCUGAUUAAAAGCCCCUACUGUGACAAUGCCUCGCUGUUUAAACUCUCCUGUGAGAGCGUCUUCAUCAAUAACAUCUAUGGCCUCACGUUCACCGUGGUCUUGUGCACAUCUUCUAUAGGCAGCAUGGUUCUCACCUACACUAGGAUUCUGACCGUCUGUCUAACCAAUAAGAACAAGUCUCUGAGCAGUAAGGCCUUAAAAACCUGCAGCACUCAUUUAAUGGUUUAUCUACUCGUGAUCAUAAGUGGAAGCAUCCUCAUUAUUCUGCAUCGUUUCCCUCAGUAUUCAGACUACAGAAAACUGUCUGGCAUUCUCUUCAUCAUUGUCCCUGGAGGCCUGAACCCACUUAUUUAUGGUAUACAGUCCAAGGAGAUUAGACAAUUUUUAUUUGAUAAGUUUCAGUCUAAUAAAUGUUUGUCAUCAAAUAGAAAGAGCAUUUCUGUUUUUUUUUCAUAAUAAAUCAUAUAAAACAAUG